UGCUUGGAAUUUUUCUUUUCGGCUUGGUUACUCAGUUUUAAUAUAGUUUAAUGUUACGGGAAUUUGCUUCAAUCUUUUGAUACCCGGUAAAACAGCCAAGAAAGAAAAAAAAAAAAACACUUCCACUUAGCUGAAGCAAAUUCAAGUCCGACUCUUAAGCUUUGAUUUUGGUUCCAAGUUUAUACUUUUUCUUUUGGUUUAAUAAUUUCCGUGGGUUUUCUCUGUAUUCUGAGGCUGUCAGUAAGUGUUCUUUAAAUUAUGACGGAACUGACUAUAUAUUGAAAAUUUUUAUUUUGGGCUUUCUGGUAUUUGAGAUUUUAUUAAUUGGUUUUAAAUUUUAUGUUGUAAUUGGCCUCGUGUGAUCGGUCUCUAUUUCUGAAGUUGCUGUCCUGCUCCAUUGAACAAACAAUGUUAGAUAAAUGUGAAGCCAAUAAUUGUAUAUUCAUUCCCCGAAUACUUUUGGAAUUAUUUGCUUUUAAUUCCUGAGCUAACUUUGUGCUGAAGUUAGUUGGGGAAACCCAGCGUCUCCUGUCAUCUCUCUUUUAUUAAGGCUGUGUUUGUGUCGGCUGAACAUAUUUUCUGGGAAAAUAUAUUGAUCUCUUGACCUGUUUAAGAAGGGGAACAAGAGAGGUCAACGGGGAAGGACUAGUGGGUCAAUGAGAAAUCACGUGUCUUCCACCUUUUAUUUCACGCAUUCUUCUUCACGCAUUGGUUUUCUUCCAUGAGGGUCUCUGCUACUUUCAUGGAGGAUUGGCAUCUCUAAACUUGUUAGAUAGAACAUAUCAGCUCCCACUUUCUACAUUGAAGCCUAUUUUUGGUGAAUAUACAGCCAGAAGAUUGUAAAUAUAUAAUAUGGGAAACCUUACUCGCAGAAAACCAAAUGAGACCAUGAGGCUUAUUGUUACUACAUUUGUUGGAGUGGUUUUUGGCUUUUUUGUAGGAGUAUCAUUUCCAACCUUGUCAACUAAGGUGAAUCUUCCAUCCAGCCUUUUUCCUACCAUUGACAUCUCAUACAUUAAAUAUAAAGAAUCAGGCAUUCGAAAUGCCUGGUCAUCUGUGAAUAAUAAUAAUGAUAGCAGAUCAACUCAAGCUCAAAAGUUGAAUGAUACAUCAAAGAUAUUGGUUCCAUCUAAUCCUAGAGGUGCAGAAAGACUACCUCCAGGUAUUGUUGAAGCUGAGUCAGACUUCUACCUACGAAGAUUGUGGGGUAAGCCCAGUGAGGACUUAACCAGCAAACCACGGUAUCUUGUAACCUUCACUGUAGGUUAUGAACAGAGGAAGAAUAUUGAUGCAGCAGUGAAAAAGUUUUCAGGGAAUUUUACAAUCCUUCUAUUUCAUUACGAUGGCCGAACAACCGAAUGGGAUGAGUUUGAGUGGUCAAAGCGUGCUAUUCAUGUGAGCAUUCGUAAACAAACUAAAUGGUGGUAUGCUAAACGCUUUCUGCAUCCUGACAUCGUGGCUCCAUACGACUACAUAUUUAUCUGGGAUGAAGACCUGGGAGUGGAGCAUUUUAAUGCGGAAGAAUACAUAAAACUAGUGAGGAAGCAUGGCUUGGAGAUUUCACAGCCUGGUUUGGAACCUAGCAGAGGAUUAACAUGGAAAAUGACAAAGAGAAGAGGUGACCGUGAAGUUCACAAAGAAACAGAUGAGAAACCUGGCUGGUGCACUGACCCACGUAUGCCUCCCUGUGCAGCGUUUGUUGAAAUCAUGGCUCCAGUGUUUUCGCGAGAUGCAUGGCGCUGUGUGUGGCAUAUGAUUCAGAAUGACUUGGUCCAUGGGUGGGGUCUUGACUUUGCUCUUAGAAAAUGUGUAGACCCUGCGCAUGAGAAGAUUGGAGUUGUAGAUUCACAAUGGAUUGUUCAUCAAACCGUUCCCUCACUUGGGAACCAGGGAGAAACACAGAAUGGGAAGGCACCAUGGCAAGGGGUAAGGGAGAGGUGUAGGAAGGAGUGGACAAUGUUCCAAAGUCGGAUGACAAAAGCGGAACAUACAUAUUUUAAGGACAUGGGAAUUGACCCUUCCAAUUCGACAGUUAAUUAGAGGACAGCAACAUAAUAUAUGAUCGUACGCUACCAGCACCACCUGCCCUGAGGUUACUAAUUGCAUUGCUUUGUAAAAUGCAUCAUCACAUUUAGUUAAGCACAAUCGUGGAAAGCCAUACAAAAUUUUAGUAGUUAGCAUGGAGGGCAUCUCUCUCUCUCUCUCUCUCUCUCUCUCUCUCUCUCUCUAAGUAAAGAUAAUAUGGAGGGCAUCUAGGAUUGUAUGCAACUAUAUUACUUAAAUAAUGCAAGAGGAAAUAUUUUUUGAUUGAUUUUCAA